GGCAUUGGUCUGGCCCGUCCAUCAAACAAUCACACGUGUUAUCUUGCACACUCAAUUUCUCUCAGGCUUUUUAGCUAAGCCAAGGAGGAGGCUUCUCCCAUUUGCCAUUUCUUCCUCCUUGUCUAAGACCAAAACCCAGCAGUCCCCGCUAAUUCAACAUGCCUAACCAUGGCCAAGACCAAUUAGACCCGAACCCACAAGCACCAGAGCCCAAGGCUCGACCAGUUGGCGCCACUGAGUACAGUUGGUGCAGAUCAGUCCCUCUUGGCACAGGCAUCACGGUCUUGGCUCUCCUCUUAUCAAAACAACCCGAUAUCCAUCUUCUUCAAACCACCCUCGACAAACUACAAAACUCCCGUCCUCUGCUCCGUACUAAGCUCCGUUUCAAUUCCACCACCAACACCUUCUCCUUUAUCACUCCACCCGCUCCUCACGUCCAAAUCCAACCGUUCGAUCUUUCAUCGACGGCUGACAUAAUCUCCAACAGCGACCAAAACAUAGACCCUUACCACAUUAUUUUAGAGCACGAACUGAACAAGAAUUCGUGGUCAGCAUAUCUUGACCAAUCAUCAGACGCAGAAACCAACGUGUUUUUUAUUACUCUUUACACGUUGAGCGAAAACCGUUGGGCGGUGGUCCUCCGGCUGCACACGUCAACAUGCGACCGUGCGGCAGCGGUAGGGUUGUUGAGAGAACUGUUGGUUCUGAUGGGUGGGGAAAAUCAAGGAGGGAUAGCCAAGGAAUAUGAGAAUGAAGUGGAGGUUAGUUUGGGAAUUGAAGAUUAUAUCCCGAGUGGGAAGGGUAACAAGCCCUUUUGGGCGCGUGGAAUAGACAUGCUUGGAUAUUCUUUGAAUUCGUUUAGGUUGUCCAAUUUGGAUUUUGUAGAUGCUGAUUCUCCCAGAGGCUCUCAAGUGGUGAGGCUUCAAAUGAACUCCGAUGAUACCCAAAAGCUUCUUGAGGGUUGCAUGUCAAGAGGGAUUAAACUUAGUGGAGCCUUGGCUGCUGCUGGUUUAAUUGCAGCACAAUCCACUAAAGACCUUCCUGAUCAUCAGACGGAGAAGUAUGCUGUUGUAACCCUCAUCGACUGCCGCUCCAUUCUUGACCCAGUUCUCAGUAGUGAUCAUAUCGGAUUUUAUCACUCUGCCAUGUUAAAUACACAUGACGUAAGUGGAGGUGUAAUGCUAUGGGAUCUAGCAAAAAGGUGCUACAUGGCCUAUACGAAUGCGAAGAACAAUAACAAGCAUUUCACAGACAUGGGUGACCUGAACUUCCUCAUGUGCAAGGCAAUCGAAAAUCCAGGUUUAACUCCAUCCUCAUCGAUGAGGACUGCCUUCAUUUCAGUAUUUGAGGACCCUGUCAUUGAUGAUACUAAUGAAAUGCAUGGAAAAGUGGGAGUCGAGGAUUAUGUAGGGUGCUCUUCAGUUCAUGGCGUGGGCCCUUCCGUUGCCAUAUUUGACACCAUAAGAGAUGGACGGUUGGAUUGUGCAUGUGUGUAUCCAUCACCAUUGCAUUCAAGGGAUCAAAUGCAGAAGUUGAUUGAUGAUAUGAAGAGAAUUCUUGUUGAUGGUUGUGGCAGUGUGGAGAGUGAGAGCUAGUUUUUCUCUCUGUCAGAGUCUUAUUGGAGAUGAACUAGUGCUGUUUACUUUAUGCGUUCCGUCCAUCAUUUUUUCUAUGGGGCAGACCAUUUCAUUGCCCAGAGCAACCAUGUAAUGAAGCGUUUGAAAUGAGAAACUGCUUAUUAAUGCAUCAA